AUGCCGGCCCACAACGCCCUACUAACGCCGCACAGAGCAGCGACCCACGAUGACGACGGUCACGAUCAGAUCGGCUCCACCAGCUCGACUCCACCUGGUGCCUCAACACCGCGUCCGGAUCCCACUGAUAAACGACUGCCGGGUAUUCUGCACAGCUACUUUGGCCAGGUUCGUGAUUCCUUUUUGCCCCAGAGCAAAUCCUCGUUGUCAAAAAGUUACAACCCCGCACCUGCUCCUUCAGACGCCGCUUCAAUGGAACCCAAAGAGAAGGAAAACACAGAAAAGGUCACCCCUCGUCAGACUAUGCUGCCUAGUCCUGCUCCCAGUGCCUCUUCUCGAACCCCCUCAGCUUCGCAGUUGAAUGGUGAAACAGAGAAGCUAACGGAAGGCGACUUUUCGUCGCCGCAGAAUCAGGCUACCCCUCCUCAGACUCCUCGCACACGCUCACAAGAAGGCAAGCCACCAACAUCGAGCUUGUCUCGCACCUCGCUUGCGUCGAAUCACUCGAGAGAAUCGAAAACAUCAAACAAGUCGGAUAAGGAAGCAUCGGUCGUAGGAGCACCCAAGGGCAAGCUUGCAGUCACCAUUACAGAAGGUCGGGACCUGCGGGCAAGUACCGACCCCUACUGCGUUAUCCAGUUCCAAUGGGCCGAGUACAUCUCAGAUGGGCCAAAGCAUGAUGACACCAAGGGCCGCCGUGGCCCUAUGCAGAUGAGGAGGACCGAAAGCGAGAUGCAGAGGCCCAUGGCCAUCCCCAUGAAGAGCCGUCAGAGCAGCAACAGUGGUCACAGCUCGGAUGCUAGGGAUGACACAUUCGAGGAGACGACCAACCCCACUUGGGAGCAUGAGGCCGAAUUUGACGUUGUCGGUGACCACGCUGAGGUCGACAUCUCAGUUUACGACCGAGCGAAUGGCGAGGCUUUCCUUGGUCACGUUCGAUUCUGCCCCAACCUGAUCGAGUACGACCAGCCGUAUGAUGGAUGGUUUGCCCUUGAACCUCGUGAGGGCGAGAGCGCCAAGGUGACUGGUGAGAUUCACCUCAAGCUUGACUUCCACAGGAUCGAGAAGAAGUCUUACGGUCCCGAAGAUUUCGAGAUCCUGAAGCUUAUCGGCAAGGGCACAUUCGGCCAGGUCUUCCAGGUUCGCAAGCGUGACACCAAGCGAAUUUACGCUAUGAAGGUUCUGUCGAAGAAGGUCAUUGUUCAGAAGAAGGAGGUCGCACACACAUUGGGCGAACGCAACAUUCUCGUCAGGACUGCUAUGGCGGACUCCUCCUUCAUCGUCGGCCUGAAGUUCUCUUUCCAGACACCGUCGGAUCUCUACCUGGUUACUGAUUACAUGUCUGGAGGUGAAUUGUUCUGGCAUCUCCAGCGUGAGGGUCGUUUCCAGGAAGCUCGCGCGAAGUUCUAUAUUGCGGAGUUGAUUUUGGCUUUGCAGCAUCUCCACGAUCACAACAUCGUCUACCGCGAUCUAAAGCCAGAGAACAUCCUGCUUGACGCCAAUGGCCACAUCGCACUUUGCGACUUCGGUCUUUCCAAGGCUAACCUUACCGAGAACGCGACUACCAAUACAUUCUGUGGCACAACUGAGUAUUUGGCACCCGAGGUACUUUUGGACGAGCAUGGCUACACGAAGAUGGUUGACUUCUGGUCUCUCGGUGUGCUAGUGUUCGAGAUGUGCUGCGGCUGGAGUCCUUUCUAUGCGGAAGAUACCCAGCAGAUGUACAAGAACAUUGCUUUCGGAAAGGUCAGGUUCCCCAGAGACGCUUUGAGCACCGAGGGCCGAAACUUUGUCAAGGGUCUCUUGAACAGGAACCCGAAGCACAGGCUUGGCGCCACCCGGGACGCCCAGGAGUUGAAGGAGCACCCAUUCUUUGCCGACAUCGACUGGGAUGCUUUGUCGAAGAAGAACGUCGUGCCACCCUUCAAGCCUAAGCUCAAGGGAGAAUUGGACGUCUCCAACUUCGAUCCAGAGUUCACGAACGCUCUUAAUGGCAACGGCUCGUUGAACGCUCGCGCUGCUGCGCUGGCAUCUGGUAUCAACCCUGCCUCGACUCCGCUCUCACCAACCAUGCAGGCCAAUUUUGCUGGUUUCACUUUUACCGGCGAAAGCACCAUGGAGCAGCAAUUCGGCAGCAGGACCCACAAUGACCAUGACCGAAUGGAAGAGGAUGACAAGGACGACUUGAACUGGGACAAGCCAGCGGGACGCGGAGACAGGAUGUCCGGCGUCAUUCCCAGCAACAACGAGCACGACAUCUUCAACCAUGGCCAGAUGGACGUCUAG